AUGUCUCUGUCUCAGAUCUUGGAAACCCCAGUUAUUACGUAUGAACAGCCUUUGGGACUAUUUAUCAACAACGAGUUUGUGAAGGGUGUGGAAGGGAAAACCUUCGAAACCAUCAACCCUCACAACGAGAAGCCGAUUGUGGCCGUCCAUGAAGGCACAGAACAGGAUGUCGAUAUUGCGGUCAAAGUGGCCCGCGAUGCUCUGAGUGGAGAGUGGAAGACUACCAACCCGUCCGAGCGCGGCCGUCUCCUGACCCGCCUUGCAGACCUCCUAGAGCGCGACAUUGACACAUUGGCCGCAAUCGAAGCACUUGACAAUGGCAAAGGAUUCACCAUGGCCAAAGGCGAUGUGAAUGCCUCUGCAGGAUGUCUCCGUUACUAUGGUGGCUGGGCGGAUAAGAUCUAUGGCCAGACGAUUGACACCGAUGCCAACAGCUUGACAUACACACGGCACGAGCCUGUGGGCGUUUGCGGCCAAAUUAUUCCAUGGAACUUCCCGUUGUUGAUGUUUGCGUGGAAAAUCGGCCCAGCAUUGGCUACCGGAAAUACCAUUGUUAUGAAGACGGCCGAACAAACACCCCUUUCUGCGCUUUACGUUGCGAAACUCAUCAAAGAAGCCGGAUUUCCUCCUGGGGUGGUGAAUGUCAUCUCAGGCUUCGGAAGAACUGCCGGUGCUGCAAUUGCUGCUCAUAUGGAUAUUGACAAGGUUGCCUUCACUGGAUCAACUCUUGUUGGCCGCCAAAUUAUGAAAUCAGCCGCGGACAGUAAUUUGAAGAAAGUUACUCUCGAACUUGGAGGCAAAUCGCCGAACAUCAUUCUUCCAGACGCAAAUCUUGAAGAAGCGAUUGAGUGGGUCAAUCUCGGAAUCUUCUUCAACCAUGGACAAUGUUGUUGCGCAGGCUCUCGCAUUCUUGUUCACGAAGCUAUCUAUGAUGAAUUCUUAGAGCUUUUCAAGAAGCGGGCCGAGCAGAACAAGGUUGGAGAUCCUUUCCAUGCCGAAACUUUCCAAGGGCCUCAGGUUUCACAAAUUCAGUAUGACCGGAUCAUGAGUUACAUUGAGGAUGGAAAGGGUGCUGGGGCGAAGGUCGUCACCGGAGGCGAUCGGCAUGGCAGUGAGGGAUACUAUAUCCAACCCACGAUUUUCGCAGAUGUUCACGGGGACAUGAAGAUCGUCAAAGAGGAGAUCUUUGGACCCGUUUGCACUGUGCAAAAAGUCCACAGCGAAGAGGAAGCUAUUCAAGUGGCCAAUGCGACAAACUACGGCCUCGCCGCAGCUGUUCACACUACAAACAUCAAUACUGCCAUCAGAGUUUCGAAUGCUGUCAAAGCUGGAACCGUUUGGGUGAACAACUACAACACCCUUCACUACCAGAUGCCGUUUGGAGGCUUCAAGGAAUCGGGACUGGGCCGGGAGCUGGGAUCAUAUGCUCUUGAGAACUAUACAGAAGUGAAAACAGUUCGGGUGCAUCUUUCCAAGGCAUAA